CAAUUUCUCCCUCACCGUCUCACUUCGAAACACUCCUCGCCUCGCCGAGAAAAUCGGAGAUUUGGGCCAUCGGUUCGGCGUUAAUGCCACCGACAGACUCCACUCCUCACAGCCGCCGCCGCGUCAUCUGACCACCCCGCCGAUGGCGAGACCGGCGGCGGCGGCGGUGCCGAAGGCGCCCCCUUCGAAGCACCUGAUGGCGCUCGCCGUCGUCGCCAUCCUCGGCCUCGUCCUUGUCGCCGACUUCCUCUGGGCCUCCUCCUCUUCCUCCCCCUCUUCGCCCGCCGCCGCCGCCGCCGCCUGGUCCUCCAGGCUCGAUCUCCCCGCCCGCCCCGCCGCCCCCGUGCCGUCCUUGGUGGAUAAGAAAACAAAGGGAAAAGUAUCUGUAGGUUCCAUGGACAUCAAUGCAACCUUUGCAGAUUUGCCGGCAUCAGAGCUAGAAUGGGAGGAGAUGGCUGAAGCACCUGUGCCACGUUUGGAUGGUGCUGCUAUGCAGAUUAAGAAUCUCUUAUAUGUUUUUGCUGGAUAUGGUACCAUUAACCAUGUGCAUUCCCAUGUGGAUAUUUACAAUUUCUCAGAUAAUACAUGGGGUGGGAGGUUUGAUAUGCCAAAGGAAAUGGCUCAUUCACAUUUGGGGAUGGUUACAGAUGGAAGAUUUAUUUAUGCGGUAACAGGACAAUAUGGUCCGCAAUGUAGGGGACCUACUGCUCGAAACUUUGUUCUGGACACUGCAACAAAAGAAUGGCAUGAUUUGCCUCCAUUGCCAGUUCCUAGAUAUGCUCCAGCCACACAACUUUGGAGAGGCAGGCUUCAUGUGAUGGGUGGCAGCAAGGAGGAUAGGCACGAACCUGGACUUGAGCAUUGGAGCCUUGCUGUAAAGGAUGGGAAAGCUCUGGAGAGCGAGUGGAGGAGUGAAAUACCAAUCCCACGUGGCGGCCCUCAUAGGGCCUGUGUUGUUGCUAAUGACAAGCUACUCGUCAUUGGUGGCCAAGAAGGGGAUUUUAUGGCCAAACCUGGAUCUCCUAUAUUUAAAUGUGUUAGAAGAAGUGAGGUGGUCUACAGCAAUGUAUACAUGCUUGAUGAUCAAAUGAAGUGGAAAGAACUUCCACCUAUGCCAAAGCCAGAUUCGCAUAUAGAGUUUGCUUGGGUGAAUGUCAACAAUUCUCUCAUUAUUGCUGGAGGAACGACAGAAAAGCACCCAAUAACCAAAAAAAUGGUCUUAGUUGGUGAAGUGUUUCGGUUCAACUUGAACACACUGGAAUGGACCGUUAUUGGGCGGUUACCUUUCCGAAUCAAGACCACUUUGGUAGGAUACUGGGAUGGCUGGUUGUAUUUCACUUCUGGGCAACGAGACAAAGGACCGAAGGAUCCAUCUCCUAAGAAGGUUGUAGGGUGUAUGUGGAGAACUAAGUUGCACCUGUGAGAUUUUUAGGAGUACUGACAUGACCAUGGACUAAGCCAUUCUUUAUGCAUUCUUUUGGGUACAUAACUGUUUCAUUCCCCUAUGGUGGGCGAGUUGUUUAUUGUCAUACGAAUUGGCUGGCUUUGUUGUGCAUUGUCACAUCAUGCCACUAGUCUGUUGUAUGCUUACCUUUUUAGUUAUAUCAUAGAAUGACUAACUUUUACACAAUUUUGUACAGAGGUAGUUUCAUCUUCUAUGCAGUGAUUGGAGUGUGACAGAUAUAUUUACACUUUUGUCACUCUAGCUUAGCAAUACCGGUAUCCUGUGGGCUUUGAUUGUCGAAGCAUUCUUACUGUUACUUAUAAACUGCUUACAUAAUUCAGUUUGAAAACCAUCAUCAGUAGAGUCUGCAGUAACCUAUCUACUAGAUGAUAGACCAUAUUAGUAUCCUACAAACAUCAACUUGGUCUUUGACUCUUGAGUUAUUCUGGCAGUUGACUUCAGCUCUCUCAACGUAACACCUGUGACAUGCUCUCCGUGAAUGUAAGUGAUUGUUCUCUGAUACCUGGUACGUUAUACCCGUGUUUAACUUUAAUAAAGCAUGCUGGAUGGUUCGGUCAUUGUGAUUUGUGACCUAAUGUUUCUGUUAGAUUCCACGUCAUCUGUUCUCCCAAGACUUGUUUGUGCCACAGAUUGUUUCAACUUGUUACUGUUGAUGACCACAG